CCUGUCGAACCAUGGCCAAGAAGUCGUCCAAGGGCUCGAGGGGCUCCAAGGGCUCCAGGGACUCCAAAGGCUCCAAGGGCUCCAAGGGCAAGGGUAGCUCGUCCAAGGGCGGAAAGGGCUCCGGCGGCCGCCGCAGCUCCAAGAAGAACUCGUCCGGCAAGGUGUACGGUGGUCCCAAGUACACGCCACGGCACACGGAUUGCUUCUUCCUCCUCCUGUUCAUUUGCUUCCUCGUGGGAAUGGUGGUGGUGUCGAUUGUUGCUGUGCGCAAGGGUGACAUCAACCGGCUCAUUCGCGGGCGUGACAUGUACGGCAACCUGUGCGGCGUGAAGAACAACGGCGACGGGCGCAACACGCUCGACCACACCUCGCGUGGGGUGCUCAUCUUCCCCAACCCGGUGCGGCUGUCGGUCUCGUACUGCGCGGAGCGGUGCCCGUGCACCAAGGACUCGCCGUGCCCGAACGUCGACUUUUCGAACCCGGACUACUCGCGGCUGCUCUGCCCGUACCAGCGUGACGGGUCGCCGGUGUAUGCCGGCGGACCGUCGAACCCGAGUCACAUUGUGACGUUCAACACGGACGGCAAGUGCUACUGGUGGUUCAACACGCGUGAGAUCAUCAACCGGUGCAUCCCGACCGGCUCGGAGUUCUUUGUCUCGCCCAACUCGAACUCGACGACGUCUGCCGACUCGUCGAACAUUGACAACCUGCGCGACCAGACGACCAAGAUUCUCGGUGACGUGAACCAGACCAAGUACUGGCUGUUCCUGCUUGCGGGCGUGGCGCUUGUGCUCGGCUUUGUGUGGCUCAUCAUGCUCACCCACUUUGCCGGCUUCUUUGUGUGGACGACGAUUGUGCUCAUCUUCCUCGCCUCGCUCGGCGUCACCAUUUUCCUCGGCCUCGAGUACAAGGAGGACCGCGACGAGCAGCAGAAGCUCGAGGCGCAGGGCCGCGGGCAGGACGUGACCAACUCGGAGAAGGCGCAGAAGACGACGCUGAUGGUGCUUGCGGUCAUUGCCGGCAUCAUCACCAUGGUCAUCCUCGUCCUCAUCUGCUUCUUCUUUAACCGCAUCAAGGUCGCUGUCCGCCUCAUCAAGGAGGCUGCCAAGGCUGUGGGCGAGAUGAAGCUUAUCAUCCUCUUCCCGCUCGUCACGCUCUUCUUCCUCAUUGCCGUCCUCAUCUACGGCAUCGCCUUCUGGCUCAUCCUCGGCACCGUCGCCGACGACGUCAACGACUCGGACGGCAACUGGAAGGGCACCAAGUCGGACCGCACACUCCAGGGCAUGCAGGUCUACUUUGUCUUUGGCAUUUUCUGGCUCGUCGCCUUUGUCCUCGCCGCCACCGAGAUGACCUUUGCCCGCACCUUUGUCCGCUGGUACUAUGCGCCCAAGGGCAAGAAGGCCGGCUCGGGUGGCAAGGCCCAGGGCGUCGGUUCGUGCACCGUCUGGCGCUCGUGGGGCACCGUCAUGUGGUACCACCUGGGCACUGUCGCCUUUGGCUCGUUCAUCAUUGCUGUCGUCAUGAUGAUCCGCGCCGUCAUCUGGUUCAUCCAGCGCAACCUCGAAAAGUACAAGGGCAACGACUUUGUCGACAAGCUGCUCAAGUGCCUCGGCUGCUGCUUUGCCUACGUCCAGCGCUUCCUCGAGUUCAUCAACCGCAACGCGUACAUUGUGACCGCCAUGAUCGGCAUCGGCUUCUGCGGCGCCUGCAAGCGCGCCUACCACCUCCUCACCUCGAAUGCCGUCCUCCUCAUCGCCGUCUCGGGCGUCGCCGAGUUCCUUCUCUUCCUCGGCAAGCUCUUCAUCACCGUCUCGGUCGUCAUCGUCGCCGUUCUCAUUUUCCGCUCUGACGACGAGCUCAACUACUGGGCCAUCCCGGUCAUCCUCGCCGCCCUCAUCGCUUACGCCGUCGCCACUGCCUUCCUCUCGCUCUUCUCCAUCGCCAUCUCGACCAUCUUCCUCUGCUUCUGCAACGACAUCGAGUACGCCACCAUCAACGGCAAGGGCGAGGACGAGGUCUGGCCCCAUGUCUCGCCUUCGCUCGACAAGUUCAUCUCCGAGUUCAAGGGAGCCUCGCCCGAGGCUAAGAUGGUCGACGCCAAGUAAGUGUUGACCGUCGCUGGCGGUGACCGCUGUAAAUCGAGCCUCAGCCCC